AGAGUAUUUUUAUAAAUAUAUAUUUGUGUUAAAUAUACCUCAAUAGAUAUUAUUAACUAUUAUUGGAUAAAUAAUCAGAGUGGAUUACAGAUCGAAAUAUUAACAAUGUCUGACAACAUGACUGAACAAAGCGAUUCUUUGGUUCUCACGUCUCUCGAAUUAAAUCUAAAUUUCUCCACAUGGCUGAGCAGGACGGACCGGCAACACAUUCUGGACGAACUAGUAAUGGAUUAGCUGAUAUUCAAGCCAGAAGGGCAAAGUUUUCAUCUGCAAAAAAGAUAUUUGAAUCUGCGGGGGGCACUAAAUCAUCGAACCAAAAAUCACAGCGUUCCAAUGCGGUCACAACCUCUCCUACGAGCCCUGUGGGUUCGUCACCACCAUGGGUGUCAACAAGUCGAGAAAGAAAAGUCUCUGAAUCAUCUGUAUCUAGUGUUACAGAGAGUAGUGAAUUCUCUCCAAAAUACGAUCGUAUGGGAAGAAAGCCUAGAAGAGGGCAAAACCAUUAUUUAGCACGAGGUGUGUCAGUCGAUUCCAUACCGAACGCUCACACCAUCUUAGACAAAGAUGUGAUAGUUGUGGAGCGCACUCCGUCACAGGCUAGCUUGAACAUCAAUUCAGAGGCGAGUGAACACGCCCCCACCACACCUUCUAACCGUCGUCACAUUAGUGACAUCAUUUCAACAUUCGAAGAAAAGUCCAAAUCAACAGAAGGAAUAAAUAAGACUGUUUCUAAGAGCAAUAAAUUCAACGGGCCGUCUUCAGGAAUUUUCAAAAGGCCUGCUACCCCCGUUUUGAGGCACCCUAGACCCAACUCAAUGGUCCUAAUGGACGCCAUGGGAUCACCUAACUUAGACAGAGACAAGUCUAAUUCUGGACCUAUAUUAGCAAGCAAUACUAACAGCACGAAAGUUGUCAAAAACGAACCCAAAAGAGCCCAAAACGACAAAAAAACUGUAAAAGAAAAUGCUAAAAUAUCACCAAAAGAACGUACAUUAUCCCCAGAAAACAGCAGUUUACUCUCAGAAAGCACUGACUCUGUUUUUGAGACGUCGAAAAAUUUAGCGAAUAUUAGCGCUAACUCCACACCCAAAAAGGAUACAAUUCCAUCGGAUAAAACUAAAAAGGGAAAUAAAAAAGUGGAAAUUAGCGACGAGGACCAACUUCAUGGAAAUAGUAAGAAACCUUCUCCUUACUCUACUGUGGAAUUAGCGCCGACUUCUAAAACAGAAGAAACUAAAGCUGAGAAGACGGCAGAAGAAGAAGAAGAGCCACAUUAUAUGGUUCCAAGAAUGCCAGCCCAACAUAUUGAUGAGAAUCAGAGACAACGGACAUCAAGGCCAUCAGGACUUUCAGCAGGAUCUGAUUCACUGUUCGAUAAAUCAGAAAUGUCGCAACAAUCACCUCUCGGAACCAGCGUAUUCAAAGCUCUUGGUCUCGGGGAAGAAGCGAACCAAAAGAAUGAUAUAAUAACUAAACAAAGCACUGACGACAGCGAACAAAAACGCCGCGAACAAAUAGAGAAUGAGAAAAACCGUCAAAACGCAGGUGACGCUUCAGAAACUUCGAUUUAUAUUCAACAAGCAUCAUUGAAUGAAUCAAUCGAAACACCAAGUGAUCAUUUGAGGCUCAUUUCAAGCCCUGUAAAAGAAAGUCCGUUCAUCCAUGACCAAGAACCAAAACAGGAUUUAGAUGAUGAAAUCAGAUACACUGAUGCUGAAUCUGAUGAUGAUGGACCAACUAGUUAUCAGGUUAACGAAGCAUUAUAUGAACAACCCAUGGCUUCUACAAUGCCGGGAGAACCUGACACAGACGGGGAAGAUUCUGAGAGUGAUAAUGAAAAGGAAGACAAAGAUACGGGACCAAUUCUCACAGAUGACAAAGGUCUUUAUUAUUACGAAAUAUCGGGAUUACCAGAGCAUGACUCGUCUGAUGAUGAAACAGAAGAAAAGUCUACAGAAUACGAAACAAAAAAAGCUUCAAGGAUAUCGUUCAGUUAUGCUCCGAUACCGGUAUUCCUCACCCACUCCACAGAAGAUUACAAUCGAAGGAACGAUGACAUUGAUCCUGUGUCAGCAUCGGCAGAGUAUGAAUUGGAGAAGAGAGUUGAACAGAUGGACGUGUUCCCUGUCGUUCUUACAAAAGCUUCUGGUGGUCUUGGUCUCAGCAUCAUAGGAAUGGGAGUAGGGGCAGAUGCGGGGGUUGAAAAACUCGGAAUAUUCAUCAAGACAAUAACUCCAGGUGGUGCUGCAGAUAUCGAUGGAAGCAUCAGAGUUAACGAUCAGAUUAUUGAAGUUGACGGCAAAUCAUUAGUCGGAGUUACGCAAGCCUAUGCAGGGGAUGUAUUGCGCAAUACCAGUGGGACGGUCAAUUUCAAAAUUGGACGAGAACGUGGAAACGUAGAAGAUUCAGAAGUUGCAAGAUUGAUAAGGCAGUCAUUGGAACAGGAAGAAAUGGAGAGACAGACAAUGAACUCAACAGAUGAUGAACUGGCUUCAACUGAUGAACCUUCUUCAGUCUACCAUGAAGAUGACAAUACAAGGCCAUGGCAGACAGAUUCCUUUGCCGAGGCCAUAAACAAAGCGAUAGGUGGGGGGAGACCACCCCCACCCCCCAAGCCCCAAAAUCUUGCGUCCAUGCGCCGCUUGGACAGUAUGGAAUACAUGAAAAUGAAAUCUGGGGAUCUGGAAGCAGUGGAUGAUGAACCACCACUCGAUGGUGACAAUGAACAAGAUGGUUUGAGAAUGGAGGUCGAAGGUCAUGAGAAUGUAGAAGCGCAACUAGAGGGCGCUGUUGAUACCACUAACAGCAGCGAAGAGCCGAUUUAUAUGAAUGUUCUUGCUAAACCGGAAAAGAUGGAAGAAGAUGAUGAAAUACCUGAGCAUGAAACGAACCAGACGUUGGAAAUUUCAGAGACACCGUCACAUAUUGAGGUGUUUGAUCUUCAAGAGGGAACUGACCCAGAACAGUUAUUGGCUGAUAUCCCUGUCGAAUGGAGUUCAGAGAAUUACAGAGAAAAGUUGAAAGAAAUGAUGGUUCUGAGACAAGUCGCAGAAGCGGAAUCCAAGCAAUGGAAAAUAAAGUUCGAUGAACUCCAAGCAGAACAAGAACUUAUGAAACAGCAAUUGCAUGAAGUCAGGGAACAAACUGCUUUGUUGGAUAAAAAAUAUAAUAAAGCGAAGAAAUUGAUAAAAGAAUUCCAGCACAGGUGUUCAUUGUUGUAUAUAUCAAACUCUGAUAGGGAGGCGGAAUUCAUUGAGCGUGACUCGAAUCUUCGGAAACAAAUAUCAACUAUUGAGCAGGAGAACGAGGCUGAGAAGCAAUUGCUACACAGACAAAUCACAGACUUGGAGAAUCGUCUGGAAGUAGCCACAAUAAAGAAUAGCAACAACAGCAACGUAGCGAACUUGGAACCGGCAAAGAAAUUUUUUACUCCUUUAUUAAAAGACGAAAACCUGUCUUCCAGUCCAGCUGUUCCUCUUCCACAAUCAAAGUCGGCUCGUGGAAAUUCACACACGACGUUCGAUGAUCUGAUUGCAAGUCUCGAUGACAUGCUUGAAACGAAGACUGACGCCCAGGACACUAGAGAAGAGACAUCAAUAAGUGAGCAAGCGACAGACCCUCACAGCGAGCAGCCUGAAAGUUCCAGAUCCCAAACAAGUAUUGGAAAAGAAAAUGGAGAAGAUGUCAGUCGUUCGAUAAACCAUUCCAAAGUAUCGGGAGGAGUCCAAGUUCUACCUCUACUGCCACCCAAUGGACGUAAUAAUCCACCAAAAGCAAAGAUGAGGAAACAGAAUAUUUCUAAUACCGAACCUCUGCCACGCCCUCCUUCUGCGGCAUCCACUGUGUCUCAGAUGUCAGAAGCAGUCUCUGAGGGGUCACUAGACAUUCUCAAAAAAGACGAACAAAUCCAAUUUGCCAAUGUUCCAGUUUGGUCAUGUGAGGAAGUUUCAUCUUGGAUGGAAAAUUCCGGUUUGAACCAGUUUGUACAGGUUUUUGCCAGUCAUCAAAUAGAUGGACAGAAAAUUCUGGGCAUUGAUAAUGAUAAGUUUAAGGAAAUGGGAAUCGUUGACAAAGGGCAAGUAAAACUGCUGAAAAAACGUUUGAAAGAACUGAAAACUAAGCAUGAAAAAGUGAAAAAAAAUCGCUGAAAAAUCAGCAAAAUCAGGACAAAAAACAAAGAAAGGGGGGAAACUGAAAUCUAUGUUCGGUUGAAAUUAAGAAAAACACUGAAAUGGGGGAGUAGGGGGCGGUAGAGAUAAGAGUGCGCAAGGACAAUAUGCAAUCCAUUGAAAUACUUGACCGAAUUUGAUUUGAAUAAUAAAUCCAAGUAGAGGCAGCAAACACCCAAUAAAUUAAUUGAGUUUUGAUAUCAGUAAUAACAAACCUUAAGCGAUAAAAGCUCUCUAGUGUCAUUUACCAAUUUGAUUAUGCUUGCAUGACAGAAGGUGUAAGAGGCCUCAAACUAUUUAUUUGAUAUUAGUCAGCGAUAUACGAAACAAUAACAGUUAUUUUUCUAAUGUGUUCGGAUACUUUGUCUGAAUCAGAGGUACUGAAUCUGGUGCCUCUCAUGUCUUUAGAGCAGGGGUGCACAACACAGGGCACGCGUGUCAAAUUUGCGUCAAAUGCGUCGCACACGAAUGAUUUUGUAAAAAAAUAAAAAUUGUAUUUAUGAUAUGCAUUGAAAUAUCACGUUUCUAUCAAAAUCAGCAGUUUUUCAGGACAUUAAAUUGUUUUAAUAAAUAGAUAUUUGUUAUUAUGUAAUAUUAUUGAAAUUUGUUUGAUGUGUGCUUUACGGGAGUUAAUUUACAAUACCAACGAUUGUACAUGGCACGCGACAAGAUUAUUUUGAAAAAUUUGGCGCUUGUCCUCAUUUGAUUCGUGCACCCCUGCUUUAGAGUGUUCCAAAUUCUUCAUGAAAAUUAGCUCUCUAGCGCCACUCAGUUAUAUGAUUGACCAUGCUCCUUAUUCUCCAUUGCUACUUAUUCUUCAUCCCUCCAAACAGCAACUUUCCAGUCAUAAACUGUCUCUUGCUUUAUCGACAAGAGUCGAAAUUUAAUGUUGAAGACAUGACAUCGAUUAGGUUCACUCAGCUAUGUGAAGCAUUCGCAUGUUGCCACUUAUUGUGGGUGAGCAUAACAACAGACAUAUGACCACUGGAUCUCUCUUCGCCUGUCGUCUCGACUCCCCCCCUGUAUUCAGUGUCAUUCUUUGAUAGUUAUUAUUCUAAUUUUAUCAUUUUUGAUCAAAGUUUUAUAUCGUUGAUUUAGGUAAUUCUCCUACAUCCUUACUAUCUUUGUAAUUUUUUUUCAUUUUAUACCAAGGAUCUUAUAUUGUACUUGUAUUUGUCUAAGAUUUGAUUGAUUCUGUUAAAACUCUAUACUGUUUACCCUUUAAUUUGGCUUCUGGCAGCCAGGUUUUGGAUUCAUAGCUGAUUUAUGGGACACUCUGCUGUUAAUUUGGCUUUACUGGUUUAUUUCAAAGCGAAUUAUAUAAAGUAAAGCCAUGUAGUGUCUUUCUACACUUUAAUCUGAUUUCAUUCAGCCAAUUGGGACAAGUUCAGGCUCAAUGACUGAUUUUCUGAAUUAUUUUGGCUUACAUUUUGUCUUUAAACCAAAUUGAGGCUGAGUUUUGGAUUUAGAUUGUUUUAUGGGAUAUUCUGCUGUUAGUUUGGCCUUACCGGUGACUUGAAACCAUAUUGAAUAAAUUAAAGAGUGUCUUGAGCUGUAAAGAGGCUUUAUACAUAUUACCCAUAGCCAAGUUUUGGAUUCGAACUAACUUCUGCAAUUAUAUGACUGUUAGUUUUGUCUAAACCCCUGUCCUCAAGCUUUAUACACAUUUAUUUGACCUCAUUUCGCCAACUUUAGCCAUUUAUUAUAUGUACUGAAUCCAUUUGUUGGAUUCAGGAAUGUCUUCUACUAUUAUCUGAUCGUUAAUUUGGAAUUUAAAUCUAAUCUGGCAAAACUGGCUUAAUUCUCCAAUCUUGGUUCAAGACAAAUUGAAUUCAAAGUAAUUCGGCUUCAAGCAGUCAGAUUUUGGAUUCGGAAUUGGUUUUCAUGUUUCUCAGACUCUUUUUGGUUUGAACUAAACUGUAUAGUUUCAAACUGUCUUGAAACACGAUGAUGUCUAAGCUGAAUUGGAUAAAUUAGGAAACCCUCGGCCUUGAUAGAGGCUGUUUACUCUUCAAUUUGGCUCUGUUUUUUCCCUAAUCCAAAUUUUGGAAUUUAAAUUGUCUUAAAGUAUUCUACAUUUUAUCAAUAUGGUUCAAGCCAAUUUGAAAUUAGAUGAAAAAAAAUAAUUUAUGUUACACAAAUGAUCUUAGAGAGGCUUUUAAACUUUAAUUUGGCAUUAUUUAGCCAAAUUGAGGAGUUCCCAGGCUCAAAAUAGGCUGUUUACUCUUCAAUGCGGCUUCUUUUCUCUCCCUUAGCCAAAUUUUUUAAAAGUCUUUCGAUAUGGUUUAAGCCAAUUUGGAUGUAGAAACUCAAUUCAUGUUAUACAAAUGUUUACCAAAGUGACCUUGCAUAUGGUCUUCCAUUUUAUAAAAUCUGGCAUGUGCUUUUUAAAGCCUACAAUGUGCCUAAAUUGAAAAGGGCUUCAUUUUGUAGUCUUCUUUGGAUAUGUGAACUAAAUGGUUUAAGGUAUUUUUAAAAAUAUGGAAAAAUUUAUAAAAUUAUUUAUAAUGCCAUGAGCGAUAUAUAUAUUUAUCUUGUGGGCUCAAAUAUCCAAUAUUUUUUCCUUUUUUAUGAAUAUCGAAGGCUUGACUCGACACGCGGAAUUUUUUUAUAAAUUGAACCCCAUACCAAUCGCCUCACUCAGGAAAUUUGAAUUAAGUAGGCAAUGUUUAAACAAAGAUUAUAGUUAUUUGAUAAUGACUGUACUAUAUGUGAUAACAUCCUCAAGAGAUGAACCAUUUGGGCAUUAUUUUUUUUUGAUCGUUUAGAGAUCAUUUUUGAUCUUUAGAUAUUUUCUGAUUUAAAUGCGAAAUCGACCAAAACCUUAUUUGAGGUGGUUUUCCUCAAGAAAAAUGCAUAUGAGAGAGUUUAUAAUUGUUAGAGAGAGUUUAAUAUAAAUGUUUGUUGAUAUAAGUAUGUUUUGCUCGACUGUGAAACUGGACAAUUGAAUUGGUAUCGUUGUGGAUGCUAAUCACGACCCACUUGGCACUCCCAAAUUCAGGACCUUCAGUAUGAAAAUAUCAUAAUUUUAUCAGAUGGAGAUGAAAAACGUUCGGCAAAAAACGUACACACAAUGUGUUCUGUAAUCUUCCCUUUUAAUAUGAAAAAAAUAAAUCAAAUUGUAUUUGAUGAGAUGACAGUAUAUAAUCUUCAUACGUUGUGUGUUGUAAGUUAGUGGAGAUGUCUCAAAUUUGUGCCUACGAUUUUGGACAUCAUCCAAAUUUCCAAUCUUUGCCAAUUCUAUUGUCUAGUCCUGCUUCAGUCUACUUUUCUACUGAGAUUAUCAAAGUUUGAAUGUUUAAUGAGUGUUAUUGGUACUUUGUUAAUUAUAAGAGGUUGUGAUAGAAGUUUAUUUAAAGAAAGUAACCCACCCACUAGUUUAUUAUUUUUUUUCAAAGGGUGGGGGGUAAUUGGGGUAUAUUAGCACAUAAAAUGUGUGUCAGGCUUUCAAAGUGCUUAUGAAGGCGCAUUCUAUGUUUUGACCUUUUUUCAAAUUAUGACAUCGAAAAAGAUAAUUGUAUGGGCCAACACAAAUUUUAUGUUUUAUUUUUUCAAAAAUAAUUUACAUUUCAUUUAAAUGAAUUGCAAGGCUGAAUUCAAACUAUUCCGCAUAUAGGCAUUCCAAACCUCAAAUGUACUUUUAUAAAUCGUAACAUUCGAUCCCCAUGACGUACUGUAUUUCAUUCAAUCAUUCCAAUGCUUUGCAAGCAGAGAGAUUGUAAAUGGCAUUCCAAAGUACUCUUGAUUUGCUCUUUUUAUAGUGUUUCUAUUUUCACUAGAAUCCUUACAGUAACUGAUUUAAGCUGACUCUAUAUGGCGUGGUUUUCAAGCUUUUUGAACUGCGCCGCUUUUUUAGAAUUUGUCAAGUCCCACCUCAAAAAUAACUAGCUAACAAUAAGCUACAAAUAACAGAUAGAUGGGCGAAAGUAUGUUUUAUUCGAAAAACACGUUGAAAAUAUGGGAUGAAAUCGCAAUGCUAUAAGCCUUCCCAACUUCGCCAACCCCCUCAGGAUCAGAAAAAAAAUGGCUCCACCAAUGGUUUCCAUGGCUAAUGGAACAAAUAUUAUUUAUCCCUAGAAAAGCAGAUUUAAGCAACCCCUAGCGAUCAUUUUCAAAUCUUACUCAGAAUCAAAUUUUUCCCAUGCAGAGUUUAAUUUUUCAUCGAUGCCACAGACUGUCCCUUCCUCCCGGAUGAAUAUGAAUCUUAUACUCCAGCGAUAUUAUAUAAUACUCCCCAGAAAGAAUCUUAAUUCGUUUUCGAGCGAGAAUUUUCAAAUCUUACUCAAAAUCGAAAAUCUUCUUUGCUGGGUUAAAUUUUUCUCUGCAUUCAUUUUAUUAUUCAGCUUAUUCUUAUUAGCAUAUCAUCUACUAAUUCCAUGAUUUUUGCCAGUUUUCGUUGAGUAUUAUUAUUUUGUUAAAGUUUUGAUUAAUUAUCAAUAUUAGAAAUAAGUUAAGAACCAGAUUACUGGUCGAAAUAAACGAAAAUAUCUUGA